CGGGCCCGGCAGUACAUAUAUGCUCGUUGCUCACGGUCUGAACGCACAGUUCUAGUACAGAUCUACAGGAGGACCUAGCUACUCUUGACCCUUAACCCAUGGAGAGACCAUCAUCCCCUUCAAAGGUUCUCCUCGUCUUCCUCCUGCAGUUCCUCCUGCUCUCUGAACCUCUGGAAGCAAGGAUACUAGGUGAUGCAUACGACUACAAGAACCUGCUCGCGUUGGGUGUCGAUGGAGAUGCCGCAGCGCUGCCCGCAUCACAGCUGAACCUCGCCGACGUUGCAGGGAACAGGCGUCCGUAUACGCCGCCUUCUCCGGUGCGACCUCCGUCGCCGCACCAUCUCCACGGAGAUGGCGCGCAUGAGCAGCAAAGGUCUCUGCCGGCGCCGUCCUCGACUGAACCUGCACCACCGCGUGAUUACAGUCGCCAGCAGGCUGAAGCUGCAGGACACCCAUCGAUGAUGCGCACGUUUCUCCAAGCGAUCAUGGGAUAUGUGACGAAAAUGUAAACCACGCCCGCAUAUGGCCUUUUUUUUCCCGUCAAUCUCGUUGAAAUUGAAUCGUUUCGUGUUAAUUUUUCGCAUUUUAAAAUAGAGCAUACAAGCUUUCAGCUCAAAACCACCCUACCUUAAUCAUCGUUUGCUUGUCCA